AUGAGUUUUGACAGCAAUUAUUAUGGUGGUCUGGGUUAUGGCUGUGGCUGCCUGGGCUGUGGCUAUGGCUGUGGCUAUGGUGGGUAUGGACACAGCUGCUGCCACCCACCUUGCUGUGGAAGAUUCUGGCCCUAUGGACUCUAG